UUUAUACCUCCACUUACAGGCUGCAGCUUCCAUAAACAUGGUGGUACAAGGCGACGAGGGAAAACAAAAAGAUUGAGACGCUCUCUUUGGAACUUCUGGGCUUCAAGACGACCAAAACCACAGCGGGUUGAUCAGGACCUGAAUCGUUUGGAAUUGAAAACAGCAGAAAUCAGGUCAUUUGUGACGGACUCCUAAAUAUAACAGGGAGGGGAUGAAAGUGUGAAAUAUAGAGGAUACCUGACAAAACAAAGAAGAGCAAUCAUGCCAAGCUCAGGAGGAGCCGACCCAAAGGGAGAAGAUUUCUCCACUGCCAUCCUGAAGCAGAAACACAGACCUAACAGACUCAUUGUGGACGAAUCUCUAAAUGAAGACAACAGUAUUGUCAGCCUGUCCCAGAAUAAAACGGAGGAGCUUCAGCUCUUCCGAGGUGACACGGUGGUGUUGAAAGGGAGGAAGCGUCGUCAAACUGUGUGUAUCGUCCUGACUGAUAACACCUGUGGGGUAGAGCGGGUCCGCAUGAAUCGUGUGACACGCAACAACCUGCGUGUCCGGCUCGGUGAUGUUAUCAGCAUUCAUGCCUGCCCUGAUAUCAAGUACGGGAAAAGGAUCCAUGUCCUCCCUAUAGAUGACACUAUUGAAGGCCUCACAGGAAACCUCUUUGAAGUUUUCCUCAAACCCUAUUUUCUUGAAGCCUACCGGCCUGUACAUGAAGGGGACAUCUUCUUGGUGAGGGGGAGCAUGCGGGCCGUGGAGUUCAAAGUGGUGGAGACAGACCCCAGCCCGCACUGCAUCGUCGCCCCGGAUACGGUCAUUUACUGUGAAGGAGAGCCAAUCAAGAGAGAGGACGAGGAGGAGAAUCUUAAUGACAUCGGCUACGAUGACAUCGGAGGCUGUCGGAAGCAGCUGGCCCAAAUCAAAGAGAUGGUGGAGCUUCCUCUCAGACACCCUGGACUUUUUAAGGCUAUAGGAGUCAAGCCCCCCAGAGGUAUCCUGCUGUACGGCCCUGCAGGCACUGGGAAGACUCUGGUGGCCCGGGCUGUAGCCAAUGAAACUGGUGCCUUCUUCUUCCUCAUCAAUGGUCCUGAGAUCAUGAGUAAGCUGGCAGGAGAGUCAGAGAGCAACCUGAGGAAGGCAUUUGAGGAGGCGGAGAAAAACGCUCCAUCUAUCAUUUUUAUUGAUGAACUGGAUGCCAUCGCUCCCAAGAGAGAGAAAACCCAUGGUGAAGUGGAAAGACGUAUAGUCUCACAGCUCCUGACCCUGAUGGAUGGCCUGAAGCAAAGAGCUCAUGUGGUUGUCAUGGCAGCCACGAACCGACCAAACAGCAUAGACUCUGCUCUGAGACGUUUCGGCAGGUUUGAUCGGGAGAUUGAUAUCGGAAUCCCGGAUUCGACGGGCAGACUGGAGAUCCUGCAGAUUCACACCAAAAACAUGAAGCUGGGUGACGACGUGGACCUAGAGAUGAUUGCCAAAGAGACACACGGUCAUGUGGGCGCAGACAUGGCUGCUCUGUGCUCAGAAGCUGCUCUGCAGGCCAUCCGCAAGAAGAUGACACUCAUAGACCUGGAGGACGAGUCCAUCGAUGCUGACCUACUCAACUCGCUGGCCGUCACCAUGGAUGACUUCCAAUGGGCACUGAGCCAGAGCAACCCCUCAGCUCUGAGAGAGACGGUCGCAGAGGUUCCUCAGGUGAGCUGGGAGGACGUCGGAGGGCUGGACGAGGUCAAGAGAGAACUGCAAGAGCUGGUCCAGUACCCUGUUGAGUAUCCAGAUAAAUUCCUGAAGUUCGGCAUGACUCCGUCUCGUGGAGUGCUGUUUUACGGCCCUCCAGGCUGCGGGAAAACUCUUCUGGCCAAGGCCAUCGCCAAUGAGUGCCAAGCCAACUUUAUAUCCAUCAAAGGACCAGAGAUGCUCACCAUGUGGUUUGGAGAAUCAGAGGCCAACGUCAGAGACGUGUUUGAUAAAGCCAGACAGGCAGCCCCCUGUAUCCUGUUUUUCGACGAGCUGGACUCCAUCGCCAAAUCCAGAGGAGGUGGAGCUGGGGAUGCAGGUGGAGCAGCUGACAGAGUCAUAAACCAGAUCCUCACAGAGAUGGACGGCAUGUCCGACAAGAAGAACGUUUUCAUUAUUGGCGCCACAAACAGACCAGACAUCAUAGAUGCUGCCAUCCUGCGGCCGGGCCGUUUGGACCAGCUCAUCUACAUCCCGCUCCCAGACAAACCAUCACGCAUAGCCAUUCUCAACGCCAACCUACGCAAGUCUCCUGUGGCACGAGAUGUGGACCUGGAUUACCUGUCUGGCAUCACAGACGGUUUCUCUGGAGCAGACCUGACAGAGAUCUGCCAGCGGGCCUGUAAGCUGGCCAUCCGUGAGGCCAUUGAGGCCGAGAUCAAGGCUGAGCGUCAGAGGCAAAACAGAGCGGGCGUCCCCAUGGAUGAGGACUUUGAUCCGGUCCCAGAGCUCAGGAAGGACCACUUUGAAGAGGCGAUGCGAUUCGCUCGUCGCUCAGUCAGCGACAACGACAUCCGAAAAUAUGAAAUGUUCGCUCAGACUCUGCAGCAGAGCCGGGGCUUUGGAAACUUCAGGUUUCCUUCUGCUACUGGUACCCGUGCUGGAGGUCAGGGGUCUGGCCCUGAGUCAGGCCUGUUCAGAGAAGAGGGCGAAGAUGAUCUCUAUCAGUGACAAAAACUCAUUAAAACUUCAGCUGCACAAUGUUUUCAUUGUUGAACUGCUGCACUUCACUUCCUUGAAGGGAUGAAACCUGAAGAAUAAAGAAGGGGUGAAGGGGGAGAAACAAAAGAGAAGCCUGGUGACAAAGUGUUGUUUUUUUAAAGAGACUUAAAACAUGUUUCGUAACAUUAAACAAAUAAGAAAUAAGUGUUAGAAUAUUAAUAUAUUUUGGUAGGAUUUUAAUUGUUUUAAUAAAAAUAAAUUGCACUUUUUGGCAUUGAUAUUAGAAAUAUAAAAUAACACGGAUGCUUUGAGUUUACGCUGUAAAACGUGAUGUGUUUGCACUAUGGAGAUGAUGUGAGUUGUGUGUAAGUUUAAAAUGUGAUAAAUAAAUGUAUUUGUAUGCCUCUAGAAU